CUCGCAGCUCCCAUUUUCCACAGGUUUCGCGAGAUUUGACAUAGGCGGGUUGGUGUGUAUGUAUGUGUGUGUGUGUGUGUGUGUGUGGCAGGCAGCGUUUCCCUGCCAGACGAACUGAACAAUAACUGACAUGAAAUCUGCAUAAAAAGUAGCCUUUGACUUUCUGGAGGCAUGUCCAAGAAAAGGGGCAGGAAGCGGAGUAGCGGGGAGCUGAGUGACACGUUGACCCCGGAUCCCAGCAGCAUUCUGGGAGUCCGCAUUCAGCACAACUGGCGCGAGAAGGGCAACCAGAGCAAGUGGAAGGGAACAGUGCUCGACAGGCUCAGCGUGAACCCGUCGCUCUUCAUGGUGAAGUACGACGGCUUCGACUGCGUCUACGGCAUCGAGCUGUUCAAGGACGAGAGGGUGUCGAGCCUGCAGGUCCUGCCGGAGAAAGUCGUAAAUAACAAGAUUAAGAUACCUCCCGGGGCGGAGGAGCUGGUGGGCAAAGCUGUGGAGCAUCUGUUUGAGAAGGAGGAUGGAGAGAAGAACGAGUGGCGAGGCAUGGUCCUCUCCAGAGCUCCAAUCAUGACCAACUGGUAUUAUAUCACUUAUGAAAAGGACCCCGUACUUUAUAUGUACCAGCUGUGGGACGACUACGCUGACGGAGACCUCCGGAUUCUGCCCGAAGCAGAAAACAAACACCUGUUGCCCGCAGACAGGAAGCCAGGAGAAGAGACGGAGAGUCUGGUGGGGAAACAGGUGGAGUAUGUUACUGACAAGGGCGUGAAGAGGACAGGCCUGGUCAUCUACCAGGUCCCGGCCAAGCCCUCUGUCUACUACAUCAAAUACGAUGAUGACUUUCAUAUCCAUGUCUAUGACCUGGUGAAAACCACCUAGAGAUAGUGGACACUCUCCAGCCUCCGCCCUCCAUCUGCUUCUGUUCCACCACGUCGUUCCGAUCUGUUUUCCAAAGCCAUGUUAGGGUUCAAUAGUUAUUAUGCUUUAUCGUUCAGAAGAAAAAGUGCAAUCUGUUUUUCAUAUGCACAGCAGAACUGUAGCACCGCUAUGCUUGGCUAUAUUUCGAGGAGAUUUGGAUUGUUUUAUUGUUGCUGUUCUACUUUAUACUGUUAUGUUUGGGACAGUCCAAGAUUGCACUGCCCAACAGCUGCAAAGUGCAGUUGUGACUGCGUUUGUAUUGCUGUCCUUGAGAUACUCUGAUUUGUCCUUAAAGUAUUAUCUUAAUUAAAGUGCGACUCAAAAAAGCUGCUCAAAAUAUUCUUUUUAAACGUUUCUUUGGAUUAUUUAACUAUCCAGUAAGCAUGAUAUACACAUGAUUGGGAUAGAUACCUUCCACUGAGGGGUUUACUGAAUUAAACAGGCUGAUUAAUGUGUGUAUUGUAUUUAUCUAACCAUAUUAUCACAUUUAGUGUUAGUAAUGGAAGGAAGGAAUGAAAGGAUUGCAAAAUCACCUGGGCGGGGCCCUUAUAUUUACAAAAGCCUUUUUGAUGACUGACGCUCAUGUGGAAAUGUACUCCUGCAGCUUUUCCCCAGAUUUAGCACCAUAUCGGAUCCUUUGCACUGGUGAUGAAGACGCAGUUGGCUAAAUUCUCAUUUAAAUUUGAUCCCACACAAAUCAUAAAAGUGCCUUCCGGCUUGCCAUUUUGCAAUACUGUACAUACCGCAUCUCCAAAUACCUGCGCUCUUAUUGGAUCAUUGCGUACGAAGGCUGCUAUUUGGGUUUCAUUCAGAAGUGGCGACACUGACAGCUCGAGGAAAGUUUUGCAACCAUCUAGUUUAUAUCAGUGCUGUGUUUUGCUCUUAAUGCCGUAUGAGAAAUGUACUUUAAAUAUUACACACAUCUUCAUUGGUUGUAUAAGCUCACUGUUGAUCUUGUGGGGAGCACUUUAUUGUACAAAGUUUACAUGUUUAGGUUAUGGUACGCUAUAUAGUUUCCCCCCAAAAAAACGCUUUUUUCCUGAAGAGCAAAUGUGGCAGAAUAAAUGCUUUCACGCAUGAAGAAGAGAAAAAAAAAACGUGUUGCAAUACAUUUAGAUGACUGUAUUUAAUAUGUACAACUUGUGUAUAAUGCCUUGUAAUGUUGCCUGUUGUGAUUACUCUCAUUUAUAUGAAUAUCUCAUCAAAACCACCAGCUUUUAGUGAAAGGGUUGUUUAUUUACAUAAAUUAUAAACUGAAUAUUUACCCGGUAUAAUCAACUGACGAACCAGUUUGUUGACAGCAACAAACUUAGAUCUGGUUCUAAUCUUUAUAACUUUGUCUCUUUGUCUUGCAAACACAACAUGUAUGAAUGCAGUAUUGGUUUCCUCCCAACUUCGUCACUGGUUGCUGAAUUGGUUUUUGCCCUCUCGGUCUUCUCCAAGUCUCUCAGUUUAUUCUUCAGUAAACCAGUCUGCCAGUAGGUCUGCUGUCAAUAUGUAAUCUCAACAGUGAAAACCUUAUUUUGACCGUGGAGAAGUGGCAGAAUCGGUACAGUUUGUUCAACCCACAUAAAAAAAAAAAAAGAAAAAAAAAAAGAAAAGAGGUUUACACUGUACAUCACCGCUAGUGGUGCUGUGUGGUGUUUCUGUGUUGUGUAGAGUGGUGAUACAAACGACUGUGCACAGUCUUCUUCAUGCAUUAAAUCACUUCCUGUUCUGGAGUUGUAGCAGCAUCAACAGGCAAAUUUGUGUCAUUGUUAUUCUGCCAUGAGUAAUAAAGAGUUUUGCACAUUUUGGUUGGUCUUGUUCUUUGAACACAGUGCCACGAUUAACGUCGAGUACACACUCAGCGUCAAUAAAUCAAACUAAAGACUGGACGCGUUGUAAGAUGGAUGUAUUUAGUCACCAAUGGUGAAACUGCAUAUAUACACACACAACAGGCAUUCUCUUCAAAACAAUAUUUGGGUGGUUUGAGAACAAAGGGGAAUGAAAUACUGUAUAUUAGACAUUACUGAGAAAAAUUAAAUAUGGGGGUAUACACAAAUGAAAGAACGUUUUUUUU